CAUCGCUAGCACGUGGUGUCUGUUCCGGCUAAAAUGAAAGGUAGUGGCAAAAUUGUGGAAAGCACCAGGGAAGAUUUUCCGCGGUGGGGAAAUAUCAAGAAUACCCCUGGCAUCCGCAGCCCUAACAAAUCAACCCCGCUUCGUCUUCCCCUCCUCCUUCCCUUCUUCCCCUCCCUUCCCGGCCGCCGCGGUGCGCGCCCGCCUCCUUCCGUCCGGAGGCAACUACUCGCUUCUCUCUACUCUCGGGGAAGCCUGAGCUGAUUCCUCCUCGUGCUCUCUCGUGGGAAGCAUGGCGGAUGGGGGUAUUGUGGUAGCCAUUUGCCAAUAUGGUGGAGAAUUCACUUCUGGCCCCAAUGGUAAUUUGACAUACAAAGGAGGCGAGGCGCAUGCUGUUGAUGUUACUCGUGACAUGCCACUGGAGAACUUCAAGGAUGAGGUGUCCAAGGUGUUCCAUGUUGACGUCACUGACAUGUCAUUGAAGUACUUCCUUCCGAAUAAUUACAGAACGCUAAUCACAAUAUCAUGUGAUCGAGAUUUACAAAGGAUGGUUGAUUUUACUACCAGUGCCACACAAGUGGAAGUUUUCUUGAUUAGUAGAGUAGAAAACAGGAGUAUUGUUACUUACUCUGGAGCUUCUGCAAGUAAGCCUGGAUCUAAUGCUCCUGGUGAUAAAAGGAAAAGGCCACCUUCCAAAAACAAGGUAUCCAAAAGUAACAAGAAGACUCCAACUCCCAGUGCUCCUGGCACUUCAGUCCAACCUAGUGCUAAUAAUGUGAAACAGCCAAGACCAAUAGCUAUUGAAACCAACGACAACAGGGUAUUCCAACUGGAAUUUGGAAGUGAUGUUGCCUUUGCCACCCCAGCUGGAGGUGCUUCUACUGCGCCAGACAUUCUGGAUCAGCAAAACCUUGCUCUUGUUGACACUGCACAUCGGGAACCAAUUGGCCAUUUCGAUGAUUCAGGUGACUCGUAUGUUGGUUCUGAGAUCACUGUAGAUCCUCAGCAUGGACUCGACAAUCCUGUUAUGUUUUGGGAUGACAUUAUUAAAGGUGUUGGUCAAGAAUUUGAUAAUGUGAAGGAUUUCCGUGCUCAAUUGUGCAAAUAUGCCAUUGGGAAAGGAUUUGCGUACCGGUUCAUUAAAAAUGAAACUACUCGUGUCACGGUAAAAUGUGUUGCAGAGGGCUGCACAUGGCGAAUGCAUGCAUCCGAGUCAUCUCGUAACAAGAAAUUUGUGAUCAAGAAAAUGACAGAUGAGCAUACAUGUGGAGGAGGAAAUGGAGAAGGUCAGCGUCGAGCGACAAGACAAUGGCUGACCACUGUUAUUAAGGAGAAGCUGCAUGAUAAUCCGAUGUUGAAGCCAAAGGACCUUGUCAAGGAAAUAUAUGAACAAUAUGGAGUUACACUGACUUAUUCACAGGUCUGGCGAGGUAAAGAAGUAGCACAGAAGGAACUGUAUCAUGCUAUCAGGGAGACUUACAGCCAUUUGCCCUGGUAUUGUGAGAGGCUUACAGAGUCCAACCCAGGGAGUAUUGCUUUGUUAUCUCCAAUGGUGGAUACAAAGUUCCGUCGCUUUUUUGUUGCAUUUCAUGCUUCUUUGCAUGGUUUUGCAAAUGGGUGCAGGCCCCUAUUGUUUCUUGACAAGGUUCCACUGAAAGCAACAAAUGAGUACAAGUUGCUGGUGGCCGCUGCAGUCGAUGCUGACGAUGCUGUCUUUCCAGUGGCAUUUAGCGUCGUCGAGGAUGAAAACUAUGAAAGUUGGGUUUGGUUCUUAAUGCAGCUGAAAUUCCCUGUCCAAAAUCACAGCUACGCUUACAAUGCCAUGACAUUCUUGUCCAGUGGACAGAAGGGUCUGGAUGCUGCCGUUUCUCAAGUUUUUGAAGAUAGCCAUCAUGCCUUCUGUUUGCAUCAUAUCAUGGAGGAAUUCAAAGGAGAGCUGAGAAAGGGACCAUGGUCACAACAAAUAAGAGAGGGGAUGAUUGAGGAUUUUACUCGCGCCGCUCAAGCAUGUAGUAUUGAGGAUUUUAACACGUCAAUCGAGAGCAUUAGGAACAUAUCCACUGAAGCUGCUGAGUGGAUCAUAGCAAGCAAGCCUGAGCAUUGGUCCGACGCCAUUUUCAGAGGCUGUCGAUACGACCAUUUCUCCUCAAACAUUGUUGAUGCCUUCAAUAACUGGAUACCAACCAAGAAGGAGGGUUCAAUUGUGCUGAUGGUUGACUCACUGAGAACAAAAAUAAUGGAGAUAAUAGAAACAAGGCGUGAGGCUUGCAAGGCGUGGUCAGGACCUUUGACGCCUUCCAUGGAAUUCAAAGCACAGGAGGAGGUGACGAAGGCUGGUAAAAUGACUGUUCUGUGCUCUUCCGAAACCGUGUUUGAAGUGCGAGGCAAUGCGAUCUUUGUCGUUAAUCUCGCAAAUUGGGAAUGCACCUGCCGGAGGUGGCAGCUUUCUGGCCUCCCGUGCCUGCAUGCUGUCGCUGUGUUCAACCGGAUCGGGCGAUCUUUCUACGACUACUGCUCCAAGUUUUUCAGAAUAGAGAGCUACCAUAUGACUUACUCAGGAACGAUCUUCCCAAUACCUGAUAUGGACACUGUUGAUUUUAGUGCCGGUGCAAAUCUAAUCCCGCCUCCCAAGCCACGGACGUCGGAUAAACCAAGAAGGAAGCGGUUUAACCCCAACAAGAUCCCCACGGUAAUACGGCUCUGCAGCAGGUGCAAGCAAGCAGGCCACAACAAGGCAACCUGUGAAGCUAUUUUGUAGACAAAAAAGUAGCUGCUGCAUCUGGGGUUUGUAUUUUAUAGCAGGACAUAACAGCUUUGCCUUCACCAGACAGCAGCAGUACUUCAUCUCCUCUGUCUCUGUAGAGAGUGAAGUCACUUCAGCUUGAUUAGGAGAAACUUCGUUGAGAACACUACAAAAUUAUCGAAAUAAGCAUCAGCAAGUCGGCGACGAUUAUGAUAUCCGGCUUGACUGGAGCAACUAGAAAUCAAGUCGUCUGAUUAGGCGUCGACUAAUUAAGAGUAACAUAACAUCCAAUAUGGGCAUAAACGAGUGGUCGCCUGAUUAGGCGAAUGAAAAUUUCGUCAUGGGCUGGCAUCAGGUAUGUUGGCAACUUGGGCCAGUUGUUUUUCGGCCCAAUAAGGGACUCCUCUGUCCUGUCUCACUAUCCCAUUCAAUUAGGACUCUAGCCACUGUCUACAGAGUUGGAAUGAUCUGGCAUACUCUACCCAGCCGUAGGCGUUUCCUCCCUUCCAAGCUGUGGCUGUGGCAGUCUCCUCACCUCUACAUGGGACCAUCACUGGGAGCUUUUGUCAGUUUUCUUGGACAUCUUAAACGUGUAAAUCUGACUCAGCGAGGUGUAGAAAGAUUAUUUUCAUCAAACUGGCGUCAUUUGCUUGCUAUUCAUAUCAGUGUCUUCAUCUUUUGUGUGUAAAAGAAUUUUCUCUAUAAGUUGUCAGUGAGCAACACAUUGGACCUUUAUUUGGAUACUCUAUUAUUCACCUAAUCCACGUAUAUUGAGGUGGAUUAAGUGAAUACUAGAGUAUCCAAACAAAACCUUGGGUGUUUGGAGGACAUGAACAACACGGACAAGAUUUGUGAACCAUGAGUCGUUUCUGUGCUGAAACUUUUCCUGGCGCUCCACACAUUGGUCGUUAUUGGGACUGAAUGCACUUUGACUGCUUGCUUAACUUUUAAGUGUUUCCUCCUUUUCAGCGUAAAGGAUCUCAAGUUUUUGCUGGAGCGCUAUGGCUGGUGCUGCCUGCUUUCUGCAGCUUCUUAUCUGGAAAGGGGAAAUUGGGUAUCAGGCAUACAUAUGAUUCCCUGUGUUUAUGUGGGAGCCGUAGCUUAAAUCUUUUGUGGAGUGGGUGGAUGAACCCAAGUGUUAGGGAUCUGUCUGCUAGUACAGCAUAGAUUGUUACCAGUUCGACAACUCUAGGUAGUCCGUAGUCUUAUCGUCUAGAUGAAACCAUUAGCUGUUUAUUCUCAUGUAGAUCGAUCUUCGCACGUGCCAUGGUGGUUGCUUUCGUAAUACUAUCUCCGUUCUCAAAUAUUUAUCGUCCGUUAGUUUAUUUUUAAA